AUGGAAUUAGCUCCAGAAUUCUCGUCACCUGGUCGUAUGAAGAGGUCUUAUGCAUCUGUGAAAAUUGUUCUGCAGAGAGGCAAAAUUGAAAGACUCAAGCAGAGACUCCAGACCGCAGGUCAACUACUACAAUUAUCUCAACAGUGUUAUACCAGGUUGCUUUCCAAUCCGUUGGUCUCAGACGUUAUUUUGACUCUACUGCAGAUUCAGCCUGAUUUAAUUGCUGCACGAUUAACACCAACACAUCCUGUGAAACCAGCAUGCGGUACCCACACCAACCUACUGAACACGCUGACCAUCAAUAGAAACUCACCAAAAUGUCAAUACGAUGACACCCCAGUUUCAAAAAACACUACGCAGCCUCAACGUCGGCAAAAAGGUUACCUAUGGCGCUUGACCCUUCCUUCUUGGAUGUCGUCCAAAGCAUUAGAUUUAGCAGGGAUAAGAGUCCCUGCUGGCUGGAACUGGUACAUUCGAGUCUACAACUUGAUUCCAAGACAAUCAAAGGUGGUUGAUAUAGUGAUCAAAAAUGAAAUUGUAGGGCUGCGAGAAAUUUUCGCAUCGAAACAAGCCUCGCCAUUGGAUCGUAUACCUGUCAGUAACUUUCUUGGUGAUUUGCACUACGACAGAUAUCUGCAGGGUGAAAUGACAUUACUCCACGUCGUCUGGCCAGGAGGUCAUCGAAUUCUCAUAGAGCAAGGAUGUGAUCCCACGUUGGGACCCUUGAUCGUAGGAACCGCCCUCACAAUGACUGCCCUCCAAUACGGUGGCCUUUUAGAUGUGAGUUUGAGUCUAUUUGAGCAACCAUUAUUGAGAGCCUUACUGCCAAGGGCCGACGACUCACUAUACGACCCCGAGGGGGUGGCGACUGGGGGUGUUUUCAGACUUUUCGGUGGAACAUCAGAAGAUUUUCUACUUUUGCAACAGCAGUUUUGUCCCUCGUUCUUUGACUUGCCCACUUGGGUUCGAAUGGAAGUGGCUGCGAAUAUCGCCAUUGUUGCAGGUGAUAAUGCUAUCUACGUACCCCAGACAAUUCGUACCGUGCUCGGUGGGGAUAUUAGAGAAAUAACGACUCCCGACUUAAAGGGUUCAGAUGCUCGAACCUCUUUAUUGAAUUCUGUCGCGACCCGAAUAAGCAACUGCCGGGCUGCGAUCCAACGACAUAAUUUCUUGAUUGAGGAAAUUCCACAAUUGAGCAAAAUUGAUAAAUACUGGAACCGGCUAUUAUACGAUCUGCUGGACACUGAUGUGAACACCGAUAUCAACCUUGACGAUCCAACACCAUUUUCAUGGAUGAGAGAUCUCAAAGAUCUAGGAAUAGACUUGCUCGAAUUAGGCCGAAAAGAAAGAGAGGCUUGGGAUAGUGACCGAAUUGAAUGGCUAUUGAUGCAGAGGGGAUGGUCGCGAGAUUGGGAUGGCCGGAAUUGGACAUUGGUCGGGUUCCAUAUGGUCCAUCUCCCGAGGACUGGUUGGUAUGGAUAUACGAAUGGAAUCAGUCUUUUACUGAGUUUUGGGAUCUGGUGGAAGGGCCCAGUCGGUCGAUUCCAGGUGCAUGGCCUGGAGAAUAAUCCUGCA